AUGAAAGAUCUUGGUGAGCUGAAGUUCUUCCUAGGCAUAGAAGUUGACAGGUCAAAGAAAGGAAUUGUAAUGUCUCAAAGAAAGUAUUCCUUGGAGCUCAUUGAAGAAUCAGGAGUGAGUGGAUCCAAACCUGCGGGCACACUUUUAGAACUAAAUCAAAAACUCACAUCAGAGGAAUACGACAAGUGCAUCAAGGGAGAGGCAACAGACUCACUUCUCAAAGACCCUGGUCCAUACCAAAGGUUAAUAGGGAGCCUGUUAUACCUGACUAUGACCAGACCAGACUUAGCAUUCACAGUACAAGUGUUGAGUCAGUUCAUGCAUAGUCCAAAAGUCUCACACAUUGAGGCAGCCUUAAGAGUUGUGAAAUAUGUCAAAGGAUCACCUGGACUUGGACUUUUUAUGCCUGCAAAAUCUACAAAUACUCUAACUUCCUAUUGUGACUCAGACUAG